AGCUGGGUGUUUUGAUUGGCCAAUACAUGGUAGGGAUUGGGGUCGAGAAUUGUUGGUGGUUGGCAGGGGAGUUUGCAGGCAGGCGGUGCGUCGGUGGCGUUUUGCCCCCAAUCGCAACUUAUCAUCGCAAUUGUAAGAUGCCUUCCUACAGCCAAGAACCUGAAGAUCAAAACACCUCGGCCAAGGCCCGUGGUCGCCACUUGCGCGUGCACUACAAGCACUGCCGUGAAGUGUGCCACACCAUCAAAGGUUACUCGUUGGCGAAGGCCAAGAAGUUCUUGGGCGAUGUGUUGGAAUUUAAGGCUGCCGUGCCUUUCACCAAGUACACCGGUGGCCCUGGCCGUCACGCUCAAGGUAAGCUCUUGAACGCGCCCGGUGACAAGUGCCGAUGGCCCCAAAAGGCGACCCGCAUCAUCUUGGACUUGGUCAAGAACGCGGAAGCCAAUGCCGAACUCAAGGGCCUCGACACGGCCAAGUUGUACAUUGCCCAUGCGCAAGCAAACAUGGCGAUCAAGCAGCGCCGCCGCACCUACCGUGCCCAUGGUCGCAUUGGACCUUACAUGGCCAACCCGGCCCACAUUGAAUUGAUCCUGACCGAAAAGAAGGAAAAUGUGGCCAAGGCCGAAGAGCCCAAGACGACCAAGUUGACCCGCAAGCGCCAAGCUGUGCUCCGCUUGAAGUCGGGUGGUGGCGUCGCUGCCAACUAAGGUUGUUGUCGUGACAAGGAUGUUUGGACAGGCUGGUAACCUUGAAUAAACUUGCGAUGCGAACGCGAUGGCGCACUGGCAGGUUUGAAGGCAAAUGUGCGUCCCUAGGUUAUUAUGUUCCCUGUGCACGAAGUAGUAUCUGCAACACACGUUUCCUACAUGGAGUGGGCGGAAACACUGAAAUGUGGCAUCGUUGGACCUGUCUUGUGAGCAAGAUAUCCCUCUAAUUUCUGGAACGUAGUCAUUCUGAG